AUGACAGUUCCUCAGCCUAAAACAGCAGCAUCGACUAUGCAGCGCAAACCUCCUACGGGAAUAUCUGUGCUGGUAGUAGGCUCUGGAUUGGGAGGCUUGACAUUUAUAAUUGAAGCAUAUCGACAAGGCCAUGAUGUCCAAAUCAUCGAGAAGCGACCCAAGCUUGAAGACUUUGGUGAAGCCAUGAUAAUCCAGGCGCCAAUUCACAAGGACUUCAAGGCAUGGCCAGGCUUUUUAGAGAAGGUGCUUAGACACACAGUCCAACCCUCUGAAAUCCAUGUGUUCCAGCACAAUGGAAAGAGUCUGGGCAACUUUCCACUUGGAACUCCAGAGCUUCCCUCUCUAGCUGUUAAUCGACUUGGUAUGCACAUCGAGCUUGCGCAAUACGCGAAAGAUUUAGGGAUCGAGACUCAAUACUCAACUCAUGCCGCUGAGUACAUGGAGACUGAUGAUGCCGGGGUUGUGGUUCUGUCAGACGGUCGCAAAUUGACUGCAGACGUAGUUGUCGCAGCCGACGGUGUUGGAUCGAGGUCAUGGAAGUUGAUUCUCGACAAGUUCGAGAAGCCCGAUAUUGGACAUGCAAAGGAAGAUUGGUGGUGGACUACCUCAGCAGACGAUGCACUACCAUUCGUGGAGACAUGGUCACCGUUCGUGAAAGAGAUUAUCAAAUUUACGCCAGGUAAUUCGUGCAUUGACUGGCAGUUGAUGUGGCGCAACCCGCAACCAAAAUGGGUUUCACCAAAGGGACGCGUAGUUCAGAUUGGUGAUUCCGCACACACAUUCUUGCCCAGCUCUGCAAGCGGUGCUAGUAUGGCCAUGGAGGAUGGUUUCUCGCUUGCAGCUUGUCUGCAGAUGGCCGGGAAGCAAGAAAUACCUCUUGCCAAUCGAGUUCACAACAAGCUAAGAUUUGAGCGUGUUGCAUGCGCCCAAAAGAUGGGCUUCAAGAAUCGCCAGAAGUUCCAUACCUCUGAUUCUGCUAGCACUGAGGAGAACCUAGAAAGCAUUGGGAAUUUCACUGGGCAAUGGCUUUUGCGUCACGACCCCGUGGGGUACGCUUACGACAACUUCCAAGCUUGUGCAGACCAUUUGCUCUGGGGAACUGAGUUUAAGAAUACAAAUCUCGUACCAGGGCAUACUUUCAAACAGUGGACCGUGACGGAAUUUCUUGAAGCUCAAGAGCAAGGCAGGGUUAUUGAGGAAUAUGGAGACUGGUCCUAG